AUGAACCUGCUAAAUUUGGCUUCUCUCGCUCUAAUCGCUGUCUUCUAUCUAUUUCUUUGUCGUGGAACCGCCGGAGGAUCCAGUAACAGCCGAACUGCAGUUGGAAUCGGAGCGAUCCUCGAUGUGGGUUCUCGCGUUGGUAGAGAAGCGAAAACCGGCAUUGAAAUAGCUCUCCACAAUUUCAACACCAAGUCCUCGAAUACCCGCCACAAUUUCUCUGUUUACUUCCGGGAUCCUCAGAGCGACCCUCUCAAAGCUGCUUACGCCGCUGAAGGGUUGAUUAAAACACAGAAGGUGGAGGCAAUUGUUGGGAUGCACACAUGGGCCGAAUCGGCGAUGGUUGGCGAAGUCGGAAGCCGGGCUCAAAUUCCGGUGCUUGCACUCUCUCCGUCGUCAAUUUCGGCGCCGCUAAAGCAAUUGCGCUGGCCGUUUUUGAUUAAUUUGGCGGGCAGUAACGGCUCUGAAGAGAUUCAGUGCAUCGCAGCUCUGGUUCGCUUCUAUAGUUGGAAAAGGGUUGUAGUGAUUUACGAAGACGAUGCGUAUGCUUGGAUUGUCACGGAAGGGAUAACAAGCCUUCUGGACUCCGUUGAAGACUCUGUUAUUUCCUCCAUGGAAGGAACUCUAGGAAUCAAGAGAGAUUUCCCUAAUGACGGUGGUGAUUAUGAAAAUUUCAAAUCCCAAUUUAGGGGGAAAUUCAGGUCAGAAUAUCCAGAGGAAGACAAUUUGGUUCCUGGUAUUCACGCUUUGAGAGCUUACGAUGGGAUCAGGGCCAUAGCAGAGGCGGUGGAGAAAAGAAAAACAGGGGAAAAAAUUAUGCUGUCAGAGAAUUUCACCGGGCUGAGCGGGGAAAUAUGCCUCACCGCCGGCGAAGAGCCUUGUCCGGCCUUGUUGAGGGUUGUUAACGUCGUGGGCAGAAGUUACAGAGAGCUGGAUUUCUGGCUGCCGGGUUUCGGGUUUUCCAAGACCCGGAAUGUUCAUGUCACGGAGGAGGAAAACGGGUUGUCGAGUACGGUGAUGUGGCCGGGGGAUUUGGUUGAUCGGCCCCCUACGGGCUGGGCAAUGCCCACCGAUUGGAAGCCGUUGAGGAUUGUGAUCCCCAAGCGAACGUCGUUCGAGAAGUUCGCGUCGUGGCCGGACGGGAAGAAAAGGCCCGAAGGCUACUGCAUCUCCCUGUUCGAUAAAGUGCUCCGGCAGCUGAACUACGCGCUGCCGCACGAGUACUUCUGCUACGACGGGCCCUACGACGACUUGAUUCAGGGAGUUUACAAUCAGACAUAUGAUGCGGCGGUUGGAGAUAUAGCGAUCUUGGCCGAUAGAUACAAAUACGUGGAUUUUACGCAGCCGUUUACAGAGUCUGGAUUGUCGACGAUCGUGCCAUCGUCACCCGACGACUCUGCGUGGAUGUUCACCAAGCCUUUCGAUUUCAAGAUGUGGACGAUGUGCCUUGCCCUUCUCGCCUAUACCAUAGUGGUGGUUUGGUUCAUGGAGCACAACUCCAACCCUGAAUUCCAAGGCCCAUGGAAUGCUCAAUUGGGCACGGCUCUUUGGUUCAUCUUCUGCUCUCUCUUCUUCGUUCAGAAGGAGAAGAUCAACAACAACAUUACAAGAGUGGCGGUGGUGGUGUGGUUCUGCGUGGUGUUCAUCCUGACGCAGAGCUACACCGCAAGCUUGACCUCCAUGCUCACCGUCAAGAGGCUGGGCCCCGAUUUCGAGAUCCUGAAGCAGAACAAGCUCUACGUCGGCUGCGACAACGAUUCCUUCGUCAAGAACUACCUCCAGACGGUGCUCGACUUCCAGCCUGACAGAAUUCGGAUCUUCGACAACGAAUCGCAGUACACGACGGCGUUCGAGACCAAGGAGAUCGCCGCCGCGUUCCUCGAAAUCCCCUACGAGACGAUCUUCAUCAACAAGCACUGCGGCGAGUAUACCACCACCAGAGCAAGCAACCGAUUUGGCGGAUUCGGAUUCGCGUUCCAGAAGGGUUCCCCGAUCGCGAGGGAUUUCUCAGAGGCAAUUCUGAAUUUGUCGGAGGACGGCACGUUGAGGAAAUUGGAAGAGGAGUGGUUCGGUCCGGUAACGGAGUGUCCGACGAGCGACAAGUUGACGCUACACAGCUUUGUGGGUCUGUUCAGCAUAUCAGCUGGAACGUCCACCAUGUGUUUGAUAAUAUUCCUGAUCCGGCUGAAGCGGUAUGGGGGGAAGAUGGCGCGUGUUCAUGACGUGGAUGAAGAGGAGAGUGGGAGUUUGGCGGGGGAAGAUAUGGGUUCCGGGUCGGGGAAACCCGGUGGUCCGACUCCGAGUCGGGCUCUGACGUUCCCGGCGGAACACGGUUUAAGCCAUCAAUGGUGGAGGUCGACGAGCUGCAGGUGGCGAUCUGUGGGUUCAAGUGACCCAGUCGAGGAAGCAUCUCCGGCGGUGAUAGAAAUGCCUAAGUUUUAG